GCUUUCACGUUAGUAUUAUUUACAGUGUCGCAGUUUUUCUACUACCCCACAGUUUGGAACUAUAAGGUGCAAGAAUUGGCAGACAUGUCGUGUCGUGCUGUAUUUUAUCCUUUGAGGCAGUCACAAGCACCUCUAAUUAAGUCUCACCCUGACAGAAGUUUGGACUAUACCAUUUCCUUAAAGAUGCGCUGAAGUCUUUCUUGCAUCCAUUUUCUGUGCAGGCAUCAUUGCCUAGGCUUCCUGCACCUCCUGGUUUGCAUCUAGCAACUGCUGCCUGCCAUCUUCUGGCAGCAAAUUGUCAGCUGGCCAAGUGUUGAGUGUGAUCAGGAACCAGGAACACAAGGACAUUGGUAUCAGGAGCACAGCCAGGAUCCAGCACAGCACCAGCACCAAUGGCAUCCCCGCUGCUGGUGCUGGCUGCCACUUGUGGACGCGGCCUGAGAGCACAGCACCAGCUGGUGCGUGCCCUGGUGACGUCGCGCCGGCUGGUGCACCGGGCCGCUGCCAGGGGCGCCACCAAGGACCGGCCGCCGGCCGAUUUUGACAGCUUCGGCACAUGGGACUCUCGGUGGGAGCUUCCGCUGGCGCUCGGCUCCAGCAUCAAGCACGGCAAGCCGAUUCCACGCAUCGACGCGCCGGCCGUGGGCAUCUCCAGUCUGCAGGGAAAGCGUCGCUACCAGGAGGACCGCUGCGUGGCGGCGGACGUGGCCCCGGACCUCCUGUUGACCGCCAUCUUGGACGGUCACGGCGGGGCCGAGUGUAGCCAGUUCUGCUCACAGCACCUCGUGCCCAUCGUGCAGGAGCAGAUCGCUGCGGGAGAGAGGAACCUCAUGGCCAUCCUGCACGGGACCUUCCCCGCGCUCAACCGGCAGUUCGCGGCGGAGUGGCAGAGGGGCCACGGGGCCGCCGACAGUCCCGGCACUACAGCUACUGUCUGCCUGUUGCGCGCGGGCGCCGAGCUGGUGAUCGGCCACGUCGGUGACAGCAGAGCCAUCCUGUGCCGAGAUGGGGAAGCUCGGAAGCUCACUACAGACCACUCGGCGGCGCUGGUUGCGGAAAAGCGGCGUGUGGAGCAGUCUGGCGGCUCGGUGGUGGUGGACGAGCUGGGGCGUCACAUGGUGAACGGCCGGUUGGCCAUGACCCGCAGCAUCGGUGACCUCCACCUGAAGCGGGCCGGCGUCACCGCCUUCCCCGACACGCGCUCACUCGAGGUCAAACACGGUCGCGAUGUAUUCCUGGUGCUGACCUCUGACGGCAUCAACCACGUGAUGACGGACCAGGAGAUCUGUGACGUCAUCAACGCCAGCCGCACGCCGUCCGAGGGCGCGGCGCUGCUCACCGACCAGGCGCUGUCGUACUCGUCUGACGACAACAUCUCCUGCGUGGUGGUGCCGUUCGGCUCCUGGGGCAAGUUCACCGACCGCACCAGCAUUUUCAUCAGUUUCGGCAAGACCAUGUCGGGCAGCAGUCGUUUCAGCUAGGCCACCGGCAAGGGGGGAGGGCGGGACGGCGGCGUGGCGUGGACAUGGUCCGAAAUAGAGAGCUUGGACGGUGGAAGUGACGCGUCGUCAAAAGAACGCGUCAGAGCUUCGGCACGCCGAAUGGGUUGUUCGUGCGGUGGCGAUGCGUUUUAUUGGUCGUGAGAAUCGGAUUCGGGCUUCGCCACGCUGAUCGGUCGAGGGCAUGCGAGGGCGACCUGUCGCGGGUGUUUGUGUGAUGGCACCGAGGCUGUGGUGUCUGCGAAGUGGAUAUGUCUCUCGUCCACUGUACCA